CUUCCUGCUCCGUAGAUUAGUGUCCGGGUCGUGUUGAGCCUCCUGCUCCUGGAGUCUGUGGCUAGAGCAGCCGCCGCCGAGGCUGAGCCGCAGGGGCCGCCGCUGUGCCAAGAGGAGGGAGCGGGCAAGACUCAGGAAGGGAGGCAGCGGCGGCAUCGGGCCGGGCCGGGCUGGCGUCUCCGCGCCUCCUCCUCUUCCUCCUCUCUUGGGGGACCAGGGGCCAGGGCUGAGGGGCCGCCCGCGCACGGCUUCCCCUCUCUACGCCGGCUCCGCUCCCCUGCCCGCCCCGCGGGGGAGGGCGGAAGAUGCCGGUAAAGAAGAAGAGAAAAUCCUCCGGGGCGGCCACGGCGGUAGCGGAAGACGGAGGCCUCAAGAAGUGUAAAAUCUCCAGCUAUUGCAGAUCACAAGUCCCUGCUAAACUAAUAAGUGGAGAGGAGCAUUUUUCAAGCAAGAAGUGCCUGGCUUGGUUUUAUGAAUAUGCAGGUCCUGAUGAAGUUGUAGGGCCAGAAGGAAUGGAAAAGUUUUGUGAAGAUAUUGGUGUUGAACCUGAAAAUAUUAUUAUGUUAGUUUUAGCCUGGAAAUUGGAGGCUGAAAGCAUGGGAUUUUUUACCAAGGAAGAAUGGUUAAAGGGGAUGACUUCAUUACAGUGUGACUGCACAGAAAAAUUACAGAGCAAAUUUGAUUUUUUGCGCUCACAGUUGAAUGAUAUUUCAUCUUUUAAGAAUAUCUACAGAUAUGCCUUUGAUUUUGCAAGGGAUAAGGACCAGAGAAGCCUUGAUAUUGAUACUGCUAAAUCUAUGUUAGCUCUUUUGCUUGGAAGGACAUGGCCACUGUUUUCAGUAUUCUACCAGUACUUGGAGCAAUCGAAAUACCGAGUUAUGAACAAAGAUCAGUGGUACAAUGUAUUAGAAUUCAGCAGAACUGUCCAUGCAGAUCUUAGUAACUAUGAUGAAGAUGGUGCAUGGCCUGUUCUUCUUGAUGAAUUUGUUGAGUGGCAAAAAGUCCGUCAAGUGUCAUAGCAAGAACUAUACUGAGGAAAAUGCAGACCUUUUGAUGCCCACCUGUAUACAAACUAAAAUGAGAUGAGGAAAAAAACCAAGGGGCGCAUUUUCAUUCUUAUGAAAGACUUCUUAUAGUACUUUUUUUUCCUUUUUUUUAAGGAAGUUUUCUUGUUACAUGUGAUAUGGGCAUUGAACCACACCUCUUCUGAGACUGAAAAUUGAAGUUUAUGUUUUGAGUUAUGUUUAUAACUUUUAUUUCAGAACAAUAAAGAUUCAGAUUUGUGACAAAGGCUUUUAAGUGAAGAUGUCCCUUGAGUGUAAGUGUAGUAUUUAUUUUGAAAAAAUCAAAAAUUUGACAUUCUAAUUAUCUAAAAUCUACUUUGCUAUGAAUUUUUGAAUUUGCAACUUUUUUCAACCCCUUAGAAGUAAUUUCAAUAUUUUAUAAUUAUUCUAAUUGUAUUAAAAUAAUUAGAAAACUAUGGUUUUCUAAUAAUAAGGCUAAUUAUACCUCCCUGUGCACAAUUAGGAUGAGUAAUUGUUGACUUUGAAUCUUUGAUGCUUGUUUUUCUGUUGCAACUAUUAAAUUAUUCUGCAUAUGGAGAAUCCUACAACUUUUUUAGGUCUGAGUGGCUAUAAAACCUAUCCAGGUCUGCUUAAUCUCACACACCUCGAGUUUUAGAAUUGGAAACGCUUCUGAUAAGUUAUUUUCUGACCACUGAUUUACAUCCUAAUUAACAUUCAACAUUGCAGAUAUAUAUGCAUAUAUACAUACAUAUGUGUAUAUAUACAUACCUACCCAAAGACACAUCUCCAUAUGAGCAUUAUAGUAAGAUGCUUAGUAUUUUUGUAAAUUAAAAUUCCAUUUGAAUCUGAAAAACCAAGAUUGGAUAUAUUCAGUUCCUUGAGAAAUCGGAUUGUUUUAUUGAGGAUCUAGAUUGAUGGCUAGCUAAACUUGGAUAUCUCUAUGCUGUUCACACUUCUGUUCUCUCCAGAAUACCCCUCAGAAAUCAUCCAUUUGAUGGGCAAUUUGAAGGACGGAGAGUUCUCAUUAGUGAAGAUAUUUUGUUGUAGGAAUAGAACUAUUUUGAAAUUUCCACUGCUAAUAGAAAUGGAGUAAUUGACUGCCAAGAGCUUUGUUUCAGUGGUCACUUUAAGGCUGGGAAAGUCAAUUUUUAUUUUAAGUAUCUUAGAGGUAAUCAGUAAAAGGAUAGUUUAUGAAAAUGUUAAAUUUUUUAAUAGUCUUCUAGUAGCUAACAUUUCAAGAUUUACAAAGCACUUUAUAGAUAUUAUUUUUGAUCUUUAUAAUACUUCUCUAUAAGUUAAAUGUUAUAGGAAUUAUAAUUCUUAAAGGUUAGGUAACGGGGGUUCAAAGAGGUUAUGUGACUUCCAAAGAUCACACAGUAAAUGGUAGAUUACAGACUCCCAUAAAAGAUUUUUCACUUGAAUCUAGUAUUUAUUCUAGGAUGACCCAGAUAACAGUGAAAUUAAGGUUUGAUUACUAUCAGAUUUUAUAGUAAGAGCUACACUAGAGCUUAAAAUUUACACUUCUUUUGAUAUCAAAGACCUAAUGGUCUGAAAAAGUUUAGAUUUUUAUUUAUAUGACCUUUGGAGAGUUUUAUACAUAAUUGAUUAUUUGUUUGAAUGAGACAAAAAUCCCCACUGUAAGAGAAACAUUUAAAUAUUUUAAAAUGAGCAUUUUAAGGGUAUUUUGUUUAAAAGAUAAUUUAGAACUUGUUCACAUUUGUGUAUUUACAGUGUGUCUUUAAAAAAAGGAAAAUUGUUGGUUGGGUUGCAUACCAUAGAUGUUUGACAGAAAAAUUUUUAAAAUAUCCCUUUUGAAAUUGAGAAAUGUGAAAAUACUUAAUGUGCUAAAGAAGUCUGUAAGAGUUUUGAAAGUUGGAAGUCAGCAGAAUAUACUAAAAUAGAAAAUUCAGCAAUUAAAAAAUAACAAACUUGUUUA